UUAAAACCUCAAAUUCACCGCUUUAGAAGCACAUGUUAGAAACGCCGUAGGGUUCUCUACAGCCUGUUUAGCAAGCUAGCUAGAUACUUUGAAAAUCAACUAAACAAACGCAUUUAAAAAAUACCUAAAGAUUUCACAAUGCCGAAAGUCAAAACCGAAAAGAAAAGCAGACAACACCAGGAAGUUAAAAGUCAAGGUAUAAUGUUCAACACGGGAAUUGGGCAGCACAUUUUGAAAAACCCACUGGUUGUCAAUGGCAUUAUUGAGAAGGCAGCUCUUAGGCCAACAGACGUGGUGCUGGAGGUCGGGCCAGGAACUGGUAACAUGACAGUCAAACUUCUGGAGAAGGCCAAGAAGGUUGUUGCUUGCGAGCUGGACACCAGGCUGGUAGCUGAACUCCAGAAGAGAGUACAGUGCACGCCGAUGCAGACGAAGCUGCAGAUCCUGGUGGGGGACGUGCUGAAGGCGGAGCUUCCCUUCUUUGACGUCUGCGUGGCCAACCUGCCAUAUCAGAUCUCCUCGCCCUUUGUGUUCAAGCUGCUUCUACACAGGCCCUUCUUCAGGUGUGCGGUGCUGAUGUUCCAGCGCGAGUUUGCCAUGCGGCUGGUGGCGAAGCCGGGAGACAAGCUGUACUGCCGGCUCUCCAUAAACACCCAGCUGCUGGCCCGCGUGGACCACCUGAUGAAGGUGGGAAAGAACAACUUUCGCCCCCCACCUAAAGUAGAAUCCAGCGUGGUCAGAAUAGAACCCAAGAAUCCUCCUCCACCAGUCAAUUUCCAGGAGUGGGAUGGCCUUGUGAGAAUAGCAUUUAUAAGAAAGAAUAAGACUCUCAAUGCAGGAUUCAAAUCCACAGCAGUUGAGCAGCUCUUGGAAAAGAAUUACAGGAUUCACUGUUCUGUGCACAGCAUUGAAAUACCACAAGACUUCAGCAUUGCACAAAAAAUAGAGGGCGUUCUUCAGGAAACUGAGUUUGGUGAGAAGCGAGCUCGGUCCAUGGACAUCGAUGACUUCAUGGUGCUUCUCCAUGCUUUUAACUCCGCUGGGAUCCACUUCUCCUAAAUGGGAAACUCUGUGGGAACGCCAGGAAUGACGGAAGCUGUGUCAGUGACGAAGUGAUUCUGACGGCCAAUCAAUCUGGGGCCUUGAGUGAACAUUAUCGAUUGCGUCGUGUCAGUCACGUUUCCUUGGAGAUUCCCCGAGG